GGUGGAUUUAAUAUGGAAUCCGAAUGUGGUCGACCGUUGGGUCUUCGUCCAUUAAAUGAUGAGGACAUAGUAGUUGCGGAUGCCUAUUUAGGCAUUUUUUCAGUUAAUUUUAAAAAAGGACAACACUCUCUUAUUCUUGGAAGUGAAACACACAUACGUGGAGAACGUCCAAGGUUUUUGAAUGAUAUCGAAGUAAUUAAUGAAGACGUUUUACUAUUUACUGAUUCUUCCAGUAGAUGGGGUCGACGUCAUUUAAUGAAUAUUCUUUUGGAAAGUAUCCCUAACGGAAGAGUACUUCGUUUGAUACGAUCCACUGGAAAAAUUGAUGUCAUCAUAGACAAAUUGUUCUUCCCAAAUGGUAUUCAAGUAUUUCCUGAUUUGCAGUCAUUUUUGGUGGCAGAGACAGGAGCUGCUCGGAUAAUAAGGCACUGGAUUGCAGGCCCUAAAAUGGGCGAAACAGAAAUCUUCAUUGAUAACCUACCAGGCUUACCAGAUAAUAUACGCUUAGGAAGUAAUCAAACAUUUUGGUUAGGCUUAUCAGCUAUACGCCACAGUGGUCAAUUUUCAGUACUUGACUAUUUUGCCAACAAACCAUACAUACGAAAAUUCAUUCUUGGGAUAGUACCAGCACGUCUUUGGGGAUGGCUAAUACCAACGUUAACAACGAAGCAUGCAAUGAUCUUACAACUUAGUAAAGAAGGACAAAUAAUAGCUAGUGCACAUGAUCCGACGGGUCAAAGAAUCAGUGAGGUCUCACAAAUAACUGAAGCUGGUGAAUAUCUUUAUUUAGGAAGUUAUCGAGCACAUCAUAUUGCUCGCAUUCGUAAAAAUUUGAUCAUAUAA